AUGAAGUACGCGCUAGCUACUGCGGCAUACUUGAUCUCCCUUGCGGAGUGUUUGUCCCUGCCUCCACUUAUUCCUUCUAUUCCUGGGGUCACCGAGCCAUUGACUACCAAUGCACCUCCUCUCCCAAUCUUGCAAGUUCCCACUCCUCCACUGGAAAGUCCUCCUUUUACUCCAAGUGAUAUCAAGCCCAAGAAGAUUGGUUACUUCUGGACUGGCUCGGGUGACAAGUUCCAUAAGGACUUUCUAGCCACAUACAGCUUGGAUGAUGAUACCUUCGGAACCCUUCUGUGGGUGACUGAUGUGCCAUCCAGCGGUAAUGACCCUCACCACUUGGGACCUUCUCUUGAUGGAAAGACCUUGUUUGGUGGCGGUCUGCUCUCCCUGUUGAAGACUCAGAAAUCGAAGGACACUGGGUUCUACUUUGAUACCACCGACCCAUACCGUCCCAAGUUCCUGAAGAGCAACCGUGCAAUUCUUUCGUCUAUCGCUGAUGAAGUCCGUGCCAAGCCUGACGGUGGUUUCUUCAUCACGUACAUGGGCUCUGCCGUGGGAACCACCCCUGGUCGUCUGAUUGAAACUGAUGCCAACUUCGACAUCAUCCACGAGUGGCCUGAGGAUGUGGAUGGUACACUCAACAUCCUCGGAGAGCAGUUCUCUCCUCACGGCUUGAGCAUUGACUGGAAGAACAAGCUCAUCCUCACUUCGGACUUUGUGGAGCCCAUUUCUAUUCUUAAGCCUACCACUGGUGUCCGCCAUGCCAACACUCUUCGUCUCUGGGAUCUCGAUAGCCGCAAGAUCAUCAACACCCUGACCAUUCCUGAUGGUGGUGGUAUCCAAGACGUCAAGUUCAUUCCCAAUCACCCUGAAGCUGCCGCUCUCGCUACUGCCGUCCACCUCGGCCAGGUCUGGGUCAUCUACCCCCUUCGCAAGGAUGCCAACGGCAAGCAGGGUGUUGUUGAGCAGCUCUACGAUCUUGGUCCCAAGGCCCGUGACACUGUCGCUAUCUAUACCGACAUCAGUCAGGACGGUCGUUUCUUCUACCUGACCCUCACAACCGCCAACCACAUCGCCGCCCUGGACAUCACCGACCUGAACAACGUCAAGCGCCUGGAUAACCCCGACGAGGACCAACCCACGGUGGGUCCCCACUACGUCAAGGUCACUCCGGACCAGAAGCAUCUGGUAGUCACCGAUUACUUUGUUCAGACCGGCGAGAUCGGCAUCAUCAAUACCCCUGCUGACUUCAAGGCGCUGUACAUUGAUAUCAAUGAUGAUGGUAGCCUGAACUUCAACCGGACUAUCGACUUCAGCAAGGAGUUCUCGAACCGUGGCGGUGCUAAGCCUCACUCCAGUGUCAUCUUUGAUUUGACUGACCCCGAUCACCCCCUGUACUACUAG